AUGCUGUGUUACAGAAGUGAUGUGAGCUGCCCUGGCAGAGGGACAAGAAAAAAGGUGAAUACUGUUUCAGCGGGAAGGGGCUCAGGGUUUGAAACAUUGGACGACGUAGACCAGCAACAAACUACCAACACUGUAGAGGAGCCCCUGGAUCUUAUCAGGCUCAGCCCAGAUGAGCGCAUUUAUGUGAAAAUGAGAAAUGACCGAGAGCUUCGAGGCAGAUUACACGCUUAUGAUCAACAUUUAAAUAUGAUCUUAGGAGAUGUAGAAGAAACUGUGACUACUAUAGAAACUGAUGAAGAAACAUAUGAAGAGAUAUAUAAAUCAAUGAAACGAAAUAUUCCAAUGCUUUUUGUCCGGGGAGAUGGUGUUGUACUGGUUGCCCCUCCGCUGAGAGUUGGCUGAAACAAAGAAUUUGUCUUGUAGAGACUUUGUACAGGGGCCUCUUUAAAUGUACAAGACAUUCAAAAGAGAAACCUGCAUACAUUUUGAUAUUAAGAAAUAAUUCCAGGGAUUCUUCCACUCCUGAAAUGAGUUGAUUUGCAGAUAACUCACAACUUCUUAAGCUAAAUUAUAUUUUCAUUUUUCUCAAGCCCCUCCAAUAAAUAUGACCACCAAGAUGCA